GCCGCCAUGCAGCGGUUCCGCUUUUUGGUUAGUGAGGCGCUGCGUGGGCUGCGCUGUGAGCGCCGCUGCCAGGAGCUGUGAGGAGAGGACCAGCGAACUCAGAAGCCGGUCAUGGACUCAGUGACCUUUGAGGAUGUGGCUGUGAACUUCACCCAGGAAGAGUGGAUUUUGCUGGAUCCUUUUCAGAAGAACCUAUACGUCAAUGUGAUGCUGGAAACCUGUAGUAACCUUGCUGCUGUGGGAAUCAAAUCAGAAUACCAGACCAGUGAAGAGCAUUAUAAGCAUCCUGGGAGAAAUCUAAGGAACAUCACAUCCCACCCUGGAUACACACAUGAGCUUGAGUAUGGAAAGAAGCAAUAUAGUUCCAGUUCUCUCGCAACCAUUCACAUAUACAUGGGAGCCCCCAAUCGGAGAGGAACCUAUGAAUGUGAAGUAUAUACCGAAUCCUUUGGUUUUCCAAGUUCAUGUGGAGUGUAUCCGCAGAUUCACAGUGGAGAACAGCUCCGUGAGCAUAGUCAAUAUGACACAGCCUUUAUUGGUCCCAGUUCAUUUUGUGUUCGUAGUGGGACUCACACCAAAGAAAACCCUUCUGAAUCUAAACCAUGUGCUGCCAGUCUGAGUCCUUUCAACUACCUGCCGUCUCCCUGCGGAAGUCCUAAUGGAGAAAAGCAUUCUGGUUGUAUGCCAUAUGGCAAAGCUUCCAAUUGUCAAAAUUCCCUUCAAAGACAUGAAAUAAUCCACACCGGGGGAGAAGCAUAUGAGUGUAGACAGUGUGGUAAAGUGUUCCAAGGUCACAGCUCCCUUCAAAGGUGUAAAAUAAUUCAUGCUGGAGAAAAACCCUAUGAAUGUACACAAUGUGGUAAGUCAUUCAUUUAUCCCUAUUUACUCAAGAUGCACGAAAGGUAUCAUACUGGAGAGAGACCUUAUAAAUGUAAGAUCUGCGGUAAAGCGUUCCUUUGUUCCUCUUUCCUGCAAAGACACAAGAGAACUCACACGGGAGAGAAACCGUAUAAAUGUAAGCAAUGUGCUAAGCCCUUUAGAGGUCUCAGUAAUCUCCGAGUACAUGAAAGAACUCAUACUGGAGAAAAACCCUAUGAAUGUAAACAAUGUGGGAAAGCUCUGCGAAGUCACAGUUCCCUUCAAAGACAUAAAAUAGCUCACGCUGGGAAGAAGCCCUAUGAAUGUAAGCAGUGUGGUAAGUCCUUCAUUUACCCCUACUUACUUCAAACCCACGAAAGAUCUCAUACUGGAGAGAAGCCCUACAAAUGUAGCAUAUGCAGUAAGGCCUUUCGUUGCUCAUCUUUCCUGCAAAGGCAUGAAAGAACCCAUACUGGGGGAAAACCCUACGCGUGUAAGCAAUGCGGUAAGACUUUCAGAGGUCAUAGCUCCCUUCGAUUACAUGCGAGGUCUCACAGUGGGGAGAAACCAUAUAAAUGUAACAUUUGUAGUAAAGCCUUUCUGUGCCCCUCUUUUCUUCGAAGACAUGAAAGGACUCAUACGGGGGAAAGGCCCUAUCAAUGCAAGCAGUGCGGCAAAUCCUUCAGAGGUCAGAGUUCUCUUCAGCUCCACGAGCGAUCUCAUAGUGGAGAGAAACCCUAUAAAUGUGAGAUCUGCAGUAAAGCCUUUCUGUGUUCCUCUUUCCUUCAAAGACACGAAAGGACUCACUGUGAGGAAAAACCCUAUGUGUGCAAGCAGUGUGGCAAAGACUUUAAAGAUCAAGGCUCCUUUCAAAGACAUAAGGUUUCUCAUGUGGGAGGAAAACCUUACGAAUGUAACCAGUGUGGGAAGUCCUUCAUUUAUCCGUGUUUGCUUCAAGUCCACGUCAGAACGCACACUGGGGAGAAACCCUAUGAAUGUAAGCAGUGUGACAAAGCCUUCAGGAGUCUCAGUUACCUCCGUAUCCACGAAGGAAGCCACACCGAGGAAAACCCCUAUGAGUGUAGACAGUGCGGCAAGACUCUCAGUUGUUCCAGUGCCCUGCAGUUACAUAAGAGAACACACACGGGAGAAAAGCCCUACGUGUGUACGCAGUGUGGGAAGGCCUUCAGGGGCUUCAGUUAUCUUCGCGUCCAUGAGAGGACGCACACUGAAGAAAAACCCUACGAGUGUAAACGGUGCGGGAAAACUCUGAGUUGCUCCGGUUCUCUUCAGCUGCAUGAAAGAACACACACGGGAGAAAAGCCCUACGUGUGUAAGCAGUGUGGGAAGGCCUUCAGAGGUCUCAGUCGUCUUCGGGUCCACGAAAUCGUUCAUACUGGGGAAAAACCCCAUGAGUGUAAACUGUGUGGCAAGGCCUUCAGAUACCAUAGUUUACUUCGAGUGCACGAAAGGACCCACACUGGCGAGAAACCUUACGCUUGCCAACAGUGUAGUAAAGCCUUCAAAAGUCUCAGUAAUCUUCGAAUACAUGAGAAAACUCAUAGUGGUUUCUACGGAUGUAAACAGUGUGGCAAAACCCUCAGUUCUUCCAAUUCCCUUCGAGCGCACGAAAGAGCCCAUAGUGGAGAAAGAUCGUAUGGCUGUAAAGAGUGUGGCAAAACCUUUAGACGCUUCAGUAAUCUUCAGGUACACGAGAAGACUCAUGCUGAAGGAAAACCCUAUGGAUGUAAGCAAUGCGGCAAGUCCUUCAUUUACCAGUAUUUACUUGAAAAGCACGAGAAGGCUCAUACCGCGGAAAAACCCUAUAAAUGUGUGAUAUGCAGUAAAGCCUUUAUUUGUCCGUCUUUUCUUCAAAGACAUGAGAGAAUCCAUAGUGGAGAAAAACCCUAUGAAUGUGUACAGUGCGGCAAGUCAUUCAAAGGCCUCAGUUCCCUUCAGUUACACGAAAGAGCUCAUGGUAGAGAAAAGCAUUAUGACUGUACUCAGUGUGGUAAGGCCUUCAGAUGUCACAGUCUCCUUCGGGCACAUGAACGAACCCAUACCGGUGAAAAACCCUAUGAAUGUGAAGCAUGUGGCAAGACCUUCAAAAGUGCUGGGUACCUUCGAAUACAUGAGAAAACUCAUAGUGGUUUCUAUGAGUGUAAGCUCUGUGGGAAAGUGCUCAGCUGUUCAAGUGCUCUCCAGUUACAUGAAAGAACACACACUGGAGAAAAGCCCUACGAAUGUAAGCAGUGUGGGAAGGCCUUCAGAAGUCAAAGUUCCCUUCGAAGGCAUGAAAGAAUUCACGCUGGCGAGAAACCCUAUGAAUGUAAGCAGUGUGGGAAGUCCUUCAUUUAUCCGUGCUACCUUCAAAUGCACGAGAGGUCUCAUACUGGAGAGAAGCUCUAUAAAUGUAAUGUCUGUAGUAAAGCCUUUCUUUACCCCUGUUUCCUUCAAAUGCAUGAAAGAACUCACACUGGUGAGAAGCCUUACGAAUGUAAGCAGUGUGACAAAGCCUUCCGGAGUCACAGCUCUCUUCAAAUGCAUGAAAAAGUUCAUACAGGAGAAAAACCCUAUGAAUGUAAACAGUGUGGCAAAGCUUUGAUAAGUCAGAGUUCUCUUCAGAGGCAUAAAAUGGCUCAUGCCGGAGGAAGACGCUAUGAAUGUAAGCACUGUGGUAAGUCCUUCAUUUAUCCGUAUUUACUCCAAAUUCAUGAAAGAUCUCAUACUGGAGAGAGACCCUAUGAAUGCCAAGACUGUGGUAAAGCCUUUACAUGUUACCGUUCCCUUCGAAGACAUGGAAAAACACAUACCUGAGCGGGGGCGGGGGAGAACCCUUAUGAAUGCCAACAAACAUGCAAGAAUGUUCAGAAUUUCUAGUUCUCUUCAAAUAGUGGAAGUACUGGGAAAAGAGCUAAUGAAUAUAACACAAAUGGUGAAGGCUUUAGAAUUUUUGUUUGUUUGCUUGCUUGCUAUGGAAAGCUUGGUAGAACUCACUGGAGAAAAUUCUGUGACUCUAAGAGAUGUGCUAUGAUCUUCAAUUCCAUUUGAAGACAUGAAAAUAUCUGGUGUUAAAGCCCGUGAUUUGAAUGGAAUAUGAUAUUCAUUUCUUCAACACCCACUCAAAUGCAUAAACUAGUGUACCAUGAAGGCAGUUCUGUAGAAGCAGACAUUGGAUUGCUGCAGUUUGGAAAGUAAAGCUUAUAUUUUAACCACACUAAAGAUCAUGCGAUAACUCCGAUUGGAAGAAGAUUCUACAAAUUUAUAUGUAUUGAAAUACUGAAGCAAAUCAUGUUCGAAGUGUUAUAGCAUGAAUGAAAAGUUAUGUAAUUUGUGAAUGUAUGGUGUUUACCAGUGCUUUGUGUUUGAAGAAAAUUGCAGCAGCACCUGACAUUGCAGGCCUGUCCUCUUGGGGACUGUGGUUUUAAGGCAGGAAAUAGUAAGUUCAGGGCCUGUCCAGACAACUUAGUGAGACCAAUCUCAAUAAAAAUUGGAAAAGAUAUAUAUAAGUAGCUCACUCGUUUAGCACUGAGCUCCCAGUGUAAUUCCCAGUCCCACCAUCAAGAGAAAUGAGAAUGUCCCUAGGUGAUGAAUUUCUAUUUCUUUUGCAGGAAAACAUUGAGGUGAAGGUUUUCUAAGUGUAGACACAAACUUUUAACAGCAGAAAUAAUUGCUGGUAUAAAUUGUUAGACAAUUUCCUAACCAUAGUGUAGCCUACCAUACACUUAAACUACAUGGUAUAACUUCAAGACUAUUCUAGUCUGUGGAAUGUAGCUUUAUUGCAUACCAUAGUCAUAGCACCAAUAAAUACUAUGAAACAAAAGAUUUGGUAUAAAAAUAAAUAUUCUUCAGAUGAAGAAUACUUACUGAGAGUAGAGUUUUUAAGGACUAGAUUUUCUUCUAUCAGAGACUUUUAGGUGAAUAUAAAGCCAUUGGACACAUUAAUUUACUGUAACUCUUAUCAACACGGUAGACUUUGUUUAUAGUAUAUUGUUUGCCUAAAGACACUGUAGGCUUCAUUUAUAGCAUAUUGAUGUUUUCCCAAAGAAUACAUUAUCUUAUAACAUUUAUGGUGUGUAUAAAUUUAAUACUUAUGAUUUUUGUAAUAACAUUAUUUAAAAUGUAACCAUAUACGAUUGCUUAAAACUGUUUCUUUGCGUGCUUAUUCUUUAAUUUUUGCAUUGUAUAUUUUUUAAAAAAACUUGUUUGUGAAAAAUGUUAUCGUUUAGAACACUGAGGCAGGAGGUUGGUGUUUGUAGCUCUCCCUGACUAUAUGCAGAAACACUGAGACCUAGAAUAACCAGGUCAUGACAACCUUGCACCUUCUUGUCUGUCAUGGAAACUUUUCAGGAACAGUAAAAUGUCUAGAACUGUUGACACCUCUUCCUUAAGCGGUCCUUUGAGAAGGACCUGUCGAAGUUCCUGAGAAAGUCUCACUUUUCUGAAAUAAACAAGUGGUAGUGUCCUUAUUGGUGUUUUUCAUUGGUGAUUUGUUGUAAGCAGGUAAAACACCAUGCACAUUUCUAUGUUCGUGGAAAUCUUUUGGCAUUAAGUUUAAGCUUUCAAAUGUAUGACGAUUCUAUUGAGGUCUGUAAAUGCUUUUGAAUUCUUUUGGGCUCUAUUUUUCCUUCUGCAGUUUCUUUGAGAUUAGAGACUUUUGAAAUAGAACUAGCUGCGUUAUCAGAUUGCCAUAAGACCAGGGGAGAUGGGAUGGUGUGUUUUAAUUUGGAUAUGAAAUUAUCCCCACAAAGUCUUGUGGUUGGACACAGAUUUUUAGUCUGUGGUUUCUGAUUCCUUACUGGAUUGCAAUAACUGAGAUUCACCUGGUAACAUGUAAAGGUUGUGAACACAGUGAUUAAAAAUUCAGAUUUAUAUGUGCAUUGAUUUUCAUAUCACUGGCAUCACUCACCCAUGUUUGUAUCAUGUGAUUUAACUGUACCUCCACUUUGUUCUGAUCAUGCAACAUGUGUAUUGAAUGUGAUGUCAUGCCAUGCCAUGCAAUUAACAUAACAACUCUUUGAAGCACCUUAGCUCACACAUAAGACUUGCUGACUGUUGCAAAUUGAAAUACUUUUACUAAAUUCCAAGAGUUUUCUGCUCUUUUAGAAAUACUGAUUUAAUUGUAGAAAACAGACUUUUCUACUUCCCAAGUAUCAUUCAUCAAUAUAUAAAUACCAAAAUAAUUUACCUUUGUAUUGUAUAGUAUAGCGUAGCUUUAAAAAUUACUUGAAUUGCCCAGUUGUGUGUUGCAUGCUUUUAAUCCCAGCACUUGGGAGGCAGAAGCAGGAGGAUUCCUGUGAGUUUGAGGCCAGCCUGGUGUACAGAGUGAGUGUUAGGACAGGCUCUAAAGCUACAAAGAGAAACCUUAUCUCUAAAAAGCAAUAAAAAAAAUUGCUUGAGUUACUUACUUGUAUUUUAUUUAAAAAAAUCAUUCAGUGAUUAUUGGGUAGGAAUAAAGAAAAAUAUUUUAACAACUUAUUAAAUGGCCGUAAGUGUAUUUCUGCCUUUAUUUAUGUGAUGUUGUCCAUAUUUGACAAUUAUAAAACCAAAGUAUCAAUUAACUCUUAAAAACAUUCUCUGUGUGCUACACUAUUGAAUAUUCAGCUAAGAUUUUACGUUUUAUGUAAAAAUAAAUAUGCUCAUUCUACUAAUAUACAUAUUUACUUUCAUGGUAUUAAAUGAUAAAAGAUAUAUUCACCAAAUAUAUUUGUUUUUCAGUAGAUUUCUUUGAUUUAUUAUCAAUAAAUGUAUCAUUUGAACACCCACUUCA